AUGAUCCAUAGCAAAAGUAAGAAGGAGUUUGACUGGGCGCUGAAUAAGUUCAACGCUGUAUCUGCUGGUUCCGAAGUAGAAAAUGGCAAUGUGAAAACGCCAGUCUCGGCAUAUUUUCAUGACAGGUGGAUUACAUGCCAAGAGAAGUGGGCAGGUUAUCUUACUCAGAAGAUAAUGCAUUUUGGAUGCACAACAUCUCAAAGAGUGGAAAGUGCCCAUCAAGCCUUAAAGAGAGGUAUAUCUGCAAUAGCUUCUUUGGAUCUCGCCUUUGAAAAUAUUUCAAGAUAUAUCGAGAGGCUUGAGAGAGACUUCCGGAAUGUGGAGAUCAGGGAAUCUACCACGGUUGACCCUCUUGUUGGACGAAACAAGCUUUUGUCUAGACUGCUCAUGAAGGUCUCAAAGCGAGCUUUACUGGUAAUAGACCAAGAGGUUCGACUGAAAUGUGAAAGCAGUAUUGUUUGUGAAUGCAUGAACAAGCUCCAGUAUGGUCUACCUUGUCGCCAUUCUUUGCCUGCUGGAAGGGAUAUCUAUAUUUCUGAUAUCCCUGAAAGGUGGGUUAUUGAUCCUCGUAAUGUAAAGCCAAGGGACAACACUUGUCGGGAAAACUUCCAGCUUGAGGAAAGACCAGAGGUGUGGAUGGAGGAAGUAAUUAAACUCGAGUCACUGUUUCGGUCCUGUGAGGGCAGCCAGCAAGUGGCUAACCUCCUGAAUAAGAUCAAGAAGGUCACUUCUGAAUUCGAAGGCAAAACUGGGCACCCUUCGAUUAACUUUCAAGCCCUAGAAAAAAUCAAGUACCCUGGCAGACGGAAGGGUAGUGCACGUCCAAAGUACCUCCCCAAAGACUUUGGUCGGGCAAACUGGAGAAAGAUCAGUGUUUCGUCUGGUCAUGCUGGCCUUAAGGCAAUGGUUAGACUGAGAGCUAAAAUGAGGGAGGGAAAGCCUGCAGCUACACAAAAAACAAAAAACAAAAAACAAAACAAAAACAAACAAGAGCCUCUCGACCCAGUCGAUGCUACCAAAAACAAAAUAAAACAAAUAAAGCAAGAGCCUCUUGACCCUGUCGAUGCCCCCCAAAAAAAUGGGUUCAAAAGACCCGCCACCGCCCUAGAAGAUUACCAGUAUGAUAAUCGCACCUCUGUUGGCAAGAGGGUCAAAUUCCAGCCCGGUUUUCCUGUCUCUCAUGAGAUAGUCGAUGAUGUCAAGGGUGGGUUUAGCCUUACUGCUGACGGGUGGUGUGGUUUUCGGGUCCUUGCCCACUUGAUUUACAAAGAUCAAAAUAAGUUUUCACUUGUAAAAAGGGAUAUGCUAGCCGCCCUGCCGAAAUACAAAAUAUUGUACACAAAUACCUUCGGCACUGACACAAGCCAACUAGAAAAAAUCAUUCAACAUGGCUCUCAACUCGAUUAUAGCAACACCAGCAACACCAACACCAACACCAACUUCAUCCCAGUAUGUUCAGAUGCCAAUAUGUGGUUUAACACACCCGACUGUGCUCAACUAGCUGCGGACACAUAUACACGACCAGUUUGCGUCUACUCAGACAACCCCAACUCCCCCUCAACAACUUUUCUCCCAUUCGCCCUUCCCAACAACAAAACCAAACAACGACAAUCUCUGAUUUUUAAUCAUGUUAACAGUAAUCACUGGACAACAGUUGACCUUUCCCAUAAUAUCUCUAGAAAAUGGCCAACCGUUCCUGAAUUAUUUUUUUUAGGUUGUGCCAGAAAUAAGAUUGAUGAUAACUUUGAUACUUACUGGAAUAAGUUCAAAGAAUUUAACAAGCAUGAUCGCCAAAAUGCCAUGCUCUCUCUCCAUUCUGAUCUAGAUCAACCAAUUGAUCUUACUCCAAAAUAA